GGUGGGAAAGGUACGCAAGCACAGUAUAAUUACAGAAUGUGGAUUUUCGACUGGUUUCAAGACGCAUUAGCAUAUCUCGGUUUAUGGAACAAACACGCCAAAUUGUUGUUCCUUGGCUUGGACAAUGCCGGUAAGACUACCUUGCUACACAUGUUGAAGAACGACAGAAUGGCAACCUUACAACCAACGUUGCAUCCUACUUCAGAGGAGCUUUCGAUCGGUAACGUCAGAUUUACGACGUUCGAUUUGGGUGGACACCAACAGGCAAGAAGAUUAUGGAAGGACUACUUCCCAGAGGUCAACGGUAUCGUAUACUUGGUUGAUGUUGCAGACCCUGAAAGAUUCGAAGAAUCGAGAUUAGAGUUGGACGCUCUUUUACACAUGCCAGAAUUGGCCACGGUUCCUUUCCUCAUCCUAGGUAACAAGAUCGACUCUCCAAGAGCAGUCAGUGAAAACGAAGUCAGAAACUACUUGGGCUUGUUGCAAACCACCGGUAAAACUGCAACCGUUCCAAAUGGUGUCAGACCAUUGGAAUUGUUCAUGUGCUCUAUCGUCAUGAGACAGGGUUACGCAGAAGGUUUCAAAUGGCUAUCUCAAUACAUCUAGAUGCAUCCAAGCAUGCACGGACGCACGAAAUCACUGAAUAUAAGAAUGUAUAUUAUGCAACC